AUGGCGUAUUCGAGGGGAUUGAGCUGCGGGGGGACUGUGAAGCCAUUGGAGAGGAGGAAAUCAUCUAGAGAUGAGAGGGGAUCUCCAAUGCUAGAACCUGCAGAGAGGUACCUCACCAUAAGGUCACUUGGUGCUCCUGCAGUCCUUCUCUCUCUAGCCAUGCAAGGCAUCUUUCGUGAUUUCAAAGAUACUAAAACUCCUCUCUAUGCUAUUGUUGUAGGUGACCUAACCAACAUAAUUUUGGACCCCAUUUUCAUAUUUGUGUGUCGUUGGGGCGUCGUCGGUGCUGCCAUUGCUCAUGUCCUUUCACAGUACUUGAUCACUCUGAUUCUGUUUAGCAAGUUAGCAACACAGAUUGUGAUGUUGCCUCCAAGCAUCAAAGAUCUGCAGCUGAAGAGAUUCCUCAAGAAUGGUUUCCUUUUACUAGCAAGAGUGAUAGCUGUGACUAUCUGUGUGACGUUGGCUGCUUCGUUGGCUGCAAGGUUCGGCCCGACUCCCAUGGCUGCAUUCCAGAUAUGCCUGCAGGUCUGGCUCACUUCUUCACUCCUUGCUGAUGGCUUGGCAGUUCCUGGACAGCCAAUCCUUGCUUGUGCAUUUGCUGAGAAAGACUAUCAGAAAGCAACAGCUGCUGCAACUCGAGUGCUGCAGCUAUUACAGUCUGCCUCAUUGCAAGCCUCAAGAUGGAAUUAAAAAAAGUGCUGAGAAUCUUGGAGAGCUGCUAAUGGGAGAUCAAAUUGACAACUCUUCGUAUCGAUUCCGCAUGAAUGUCAACGAGUCUCUCUACCUCUGCACUACUCCCGAAUUGAGUGAAAAUGAUGUGAAGCUAUUAAUGCUAAUUUCUUUGUCUUUGUAGAUUGAUUGGAGAAAUGAAGAAGUUUGUUCAUUGAAGGCAUGGAUAUGCAAUAGUCAAUGAUUUAUAGGUUUCAAACAUUAUUGAAUAAUUGUUGUAAAUAUAUUAUGAUGUGUAUGUAGGAUUUUCAA